AGGAUUUAAGCGCUCCCGCCGUAAAGAUGAGGGCUUUCUGAAUGAGUGUGUUUCAAAAGUGAGCCGAGUUUCAGGUAAGAGAGCAGCUCCACGCGCUUCCAGGGCGCAGAAGUUAGUCUGCGUGGGUUUUUUUGAGAGAGAGAGAGAGAGAGUUUUUCUAAACGUGAAAAGUUUCUGCAGGACUUUCACAACAACAACAACAACAACAACAACAACAAACAACAACAACACAGGAGCACUUUGAAACACCUCAGACUCCUGACAAGCGGACGUGUGGCAAAAGUGCGCAGAGAUGAACGCAGAGAUGGAGUACACGGGCUCCGGGAGCAGCGGCAACGGAAAGCUGCGCCAGUGGCUGAUCGAGCAGGUGGACUGCGGGAAAUAUCCCGGGCUGGUGUGGGAGAACGACGAGAAGAGCAUCUUCAGGAUACCAUGGAAACACGCCGGGAAACAGGACUACAACCGAGAUGAGGAUGCCGCGCUUUUUAAGGCUUGGGCGCUGUUUAAAGGCAAGUUUCGGGAGGGCAUCGACAAGCCGGAUCCGCCGACCUGGAAGACUCGCCUCCGCUGCGCCCUCAACAAGAGCAACGACUUCGAGGAGCUGGUGGAGAGGAGCCAGCUGGACAUCUCAGACCCGUACAAAGUUUACCGCAUCAUACCAGAGGGCGCCAAGAAAAGACCCCGACAGGAGGACAGCCCUCUGAGCCCAAUGAGCUACCAGAUGCACCCGUCCUACCCCACCCUGCAGCCUCAGGUUUCUCAGUACAUGCCCACAGCAGAGUGUGGCUGGAGGGAUUACUGUCAGGAUCCGCCCUCCCUCUCUGAGCUGCCCUACACUCAGUUUCCCUGUCCGCCCCGCAGCCUGCCGUGGCAGGGCCCGGCCGUGGACAAUGGAUACCAGCUCAGAGCGUCCAUCUACUCGUACAGCCCCGCUGACAGUCAGCCGUCACCAUUCACUCUGGACGCCAGCAUCAGAUCAGCAGAGGCCCUUUCAGACCUCCGCCUGCAUGUGUGUGUAUAUUUCCGGGACUCUCUGGUGAGGGAGGUGACCGUCUCCAGUCCGGAGGGGUGUCACAUCACACCAUGUUCCCCCGGGGAGAAGCACUUCAUGCAGCCUGGUGGUCGCGAGGUGAUAGCCCUGCCCGUAGAGAGUCUGUCCGCCCAGAGGAGGACAGACGAGUGUCCCCCGAGCCCCCCGUCCGACCUGGAGAGGGGCGUGUUACUGUGGAUGGGCCCAGAGGGACUCAACGCUCGGCGGCUGUGUCAGAGCAGAGUGUACUGGCAGGCAGGACUGUCCCAGUACGGAGACAAGCCCAACAAACUGGAGAGAGAGGUCACCUGUACACUCCUGCACACACAGGACUUCCUCACAGAGAUCCAGAGCUAUGGACUCCACGGUCGCCCGCCGCCUCGUUUCCAGGUCCUGCUGAGCUUCGGAGACGAGUGUCUGGACCCGCAGAGGCAAAGACGCACCCUCACAGUCCAGGUGGAGCCGCUGUUCGCCCGGCAGCUCCUGUACUACGCCCAGCAGAUGGGCAGCCACUACUACCGCAGCUUCGAGCACCCGGGGGUCUCAGACCUCAUAAACCCCUCUGAGGACUACCAGAGAGCCAUCCAACACCACCAGAGCAGCAGCCUGCAGGAGUGACCUCAGGAGGAGUGAGAGACUGUAGAAAACUUUCAGAUGCAACGGCGACCGUUUCUCCACACGGAGGACGAUCUCAGACGGCCUUAUACAUCUACUUACGGACAUUUACUGACAGGGCAUGUUUGUAUUGUGAUGAAAACCAAAGUGACUUUUUUAUUGUACUCAGGAUAUUUUUGUGCACUAUAGAUAUUUUACAUUCUGACUUUCCAAAGAAAACUGACAGCUCAGGUGAUUGUACUGUAAAAAUACUUUUUGUUGAAUUAAGUCCCUUCGGGGGAAAGUUAUGCCCUUUAAUUAAAAAGACAUAUUCACUUUCUUGCCCUGAAGUAAAUCAUGUAAUCAAUACUCUCUCCAGUGAACAUGAAGCCCGUUAGCCUAGCUUAGCACAAAUAUUUGAAGCAAAGGGAAACAGGUGGACUGACUUAUUGCAAAGGUAGCAAAAUCUGCUCAUCAAACCUUUGAAACAGUUCAACAUUAAAAACUAAAUUAUUCUGUUUUUUGUGCUCGGGUUGAUUUUUAAGAGUGUUGAAGAGUUCAGAUUUUUCCAGAUUUCCAUCUGAGAACAACAAAGCAUGCCGAGGUCAAAAAGCUCCAGCAACACUUGUAGUACGAAGAUCAACUUCAUUAACAAAUUAGACCGAGGCGUUUCGGCUUGUGGCCUUCAGCAGGGUCGUCAUCACGUGACCUCUUCAAGCCUUUCACUCGUCAUGCACCUUGGUAGUUGGUGAAGUUGUGCCAGAAAAAUCCUGCUCCGCAAGAACAAGCGUGCUCAAAGACAGCUCUGGAUUCAGCAGCUAACUCGACUGACCCUAACUUUCUGUCAAGUGUCAGGCUAGCACCAACACUGUGCCUUUAUAAUAAUGUAUGCAUUAGUCCAAACAGAGACUCUGUGAUGUAACGAUCAGCGUCUUCCUGCAGGUCAGUAUGUUAGUGUAGCUGAAGCGGGUAAUACUUGCAUGCUGAAUAUCUGGUUUACGUUGGUCUUAAAGGGCUUUUAAAAUGUUGCUUUCAGGUACAUUCGCUUCAUCAAAGAUGUUAGCAAAGCACCAAAGUGACUGAGAUAAACACAGAACAAAUGUAACAGGUUGAACUUAACGGUUUAUCAGCAGAACUUUAAAUGACAACAGCAUCAGAAAGUAACUCUUAAGAAACUCUUAAAUCUUCAGCGAUCAAAUGGUUAUCGCUGCUAGUCGUCUAACGCUACAGUGAAUUUUGUUAUUAGCGCCACGUCGCUAUGAUUCAGUCUAUUGACUGGCAGAUAACCAGCUCAGGAGCGCUCGCUGUGGGCAGCCCCCUUGCUCUGAUGUGUCUCCAUCAGUGCAUGUCCACAGGACCCUGUUUGUGCUUGUGUGUGUAUUUCAGCCUAUGUUUAGCAUGUGUAGCAUGUUCCACAAAAAGAGUGUCAAAUUAAUUGAUAAGGUAUAUCUUCUUCAGCGAUAAGUCAUGGAGUCUGCACAAACGCUAACAGAGAUUAGACCAUAAAAACAGAUUUUAAGAACGUCUUAGGACUGUGCUAUGCUAUCUGUUAUCUUAGCAGUUGUUAUGCUAAGCUUAGCGGCUCGUCUUCUGGCACAUCAGUAGCUUCAUGUUUGCUGUUCACGUCGAAGAGUGGAAAGAUUUCUGAAUGUAACUCCUCUUCUAAAGAUUUUUAAAUGAAACUCUCAGGGAGAUGCUUUCUAUAUAAGCUCUUGUGAACUUAGUUUUUGAAUCCGAUAUUUGAGAUGCAGAAGAGAUUUAUAAAUGUGAGGGUCAAACAUCAAAUCUGAGAAAAAAUGGAGGUGAAUGUUUUUGGGUUUUUUGCCUUGAGAGGAGCACUUCUUUUGUAAAUAAACAAUAAAAAGCUUCGAUGUAAA